AUGGUCUGGUUUUCAGAUUAUCCUCCACUGUUUCUCCUGCUCUCGUCUUUCCCUCUUCUCCUCUUCAUCUACAGCUAUCGCCGCCGCAAAAUCUCAGCUUCCAACCGCCGCCUUCCGCCUGGACCACCGGGAUGGCCAAUAUUCGGAAACAUGUUCCAGCUGGGAGAGAUGCCUCAUCGCACCCUCACAAACCUAAGGGAAAAGUACGGUCCCGUCGUGUGGCUCCAAAUAGGAGCCAUAAACACCAUGGUAAUACUCUCUACCAAAGCUGCCACCGUUUUUUUCAAGAACCACGACCACAACUUCGCUGACCGAACCAUAACACAAACCAUGCGUGUACAUAACUACGACAAGUCCUCCUUAGCCUUGGCUCCUUACGGCACCUACUGGCGCAUCAUGCGGCGCCUCGUAACCGUCGACAUGCUUGUCACGAAACGCAUAAACGACACCGCUUCCGUUCGGCGAAGAUGCGUGGACGACAUGCUGUCGUGGGUUGCAAAAGAAGCACGCGAGUUGGAAGACGGUCGUGGGGUUCACGUGGCGCGCUUCGUUUUUCUCAUGACGUUUAACCUGUUGGGGAACCUGAUGCUGUCGCGUGAUUUGUUCGACCCGGAAUCGAAAGACGGGUCGGAGUUUUUCACGGCGAUGAUGGGGCUGAUGGAGUGGGGAGGGCACCCAAACGUGACGGACUUGUUCCCGUGGCUGCGGUGGUUGGACCCGCAGGGUCUCAAGAAAAAAAUGGAUAGGGAUAUGGGUAUAGCUCUUGGAAUCGCUUCCAGGUUCGUUAAAGAGCGGUUGGAGGAACAGCGUGACAACAAUUCAAGGGACUUCUUGGAUGUCUUGCUUGAGUUUCAAAACAGUGAGAGUCAGGAGGCACACAACAUCUCAAAUAAAGACCUCAACAUUUUCAUAUUGGAAAUAUUCUUGGCAGGGUCAGAAACAACGAGCAGUACAAUUGAAUGGGCUUUGACGGAGCUGUUGUGCAACCGUGAGUGCAUGAUGAAGGUAAAAAAAGAGCUUGGUUCAGUGGUUGGGAGCGCAAGAGAAUUUGAGGAGAGUGACAUAGACAACCUUCCCUACCUACAAUGUGUGGUUAAGGAAACAUUUCGGAUGCAUCCUCCGAUUCCACUUCUUGUCCCACGAAGGGCAAUACAAGACACAGAGUUCAUGGGAUACGACAUACCAAAAGACACGCAGGUUUUUGUGAAUGCAUGGGCUAUUGGAAGAGACCCAGAUGUUUGGGAUGAACCCUUGGCCUUCAAGCCCGAGAGGUUUUUGGGUUCGGGGACUGAAUACAAGGGACAACACUACGAGCUGAUACCAUUUGGGGCUGGAAGAAGAAUGUGUGCUGGCGUGCCAUUAGCACACAGAGUGCUUCACCUUGUGUUGGGAUCGUUGCUUCACCGAUUUGAUUGGGAACUUGAUAAUCGUGUCACGCCAUCAACCAUGGACAUGAAAGACAGGUUGGGCAUAACCAUGCGAAAGUUUGAACCCUUGCUUGCGGUCCCUAAAUUAAUUGGUUCUUAA